GCCUCAGCACUAGGCUCGCACAAGCACCACCCAUCAACCCUUCCUCCUUUACCCUUUUACAUAGAAUGUCAUGCCCAACCAAACCCUCCCAAUUUCCAUCUAUUUUUGGCUACCCUCAACAGAGAUUAUCUACAAACAGAUUGCAGAGGGAGGAAGAUGCGGUGGCGUCGCCGGGAGGAAGAUGCGCCAGGAGGAAGAUGACAUGGAAUUGGUAGCUUCGCCGAAGGAAGAUGCGGUGGCCGGUGGCGUCACCAGAGGAAGACGCGCCAGGAGGAAGUGGAUCUUGGGAGCUUGCCUGCAAGAGGAAGACGCGCCGAAGAAAGACGUCACCAGAGGAAGACGCGCCGGGAGAAAGAGUUGCUCGAGCAAGACCUUGUGAUGAGGCGAAAAAGACUAGGGAUCGAGGAUGGGUCUUGGGAGCUCGCUUGCAAAAUCCCUAAGUGCAGCCUAAUCCAUUUCGACAGAACGACGACGGAUUGCUUAUCAGGCCGGCAUUUUCUAUUCCGGUUGAACCACCGGCAUUCCGGGUUUUGACCGGGUUUGACCCGUAUUGACCGGAAUUGACCAGAGGUAUAUGCCGGUGGUAUUCCAGUCGGUUUCAUCAUCGGCACCGGUUGAACCUGGUUCAACCGGCCGGCAUAUCACUGGCAUGACAACCAUAUUCAUAACCAAUCACACUAAGUACAUUUGUUGUAUCUUUUUAAAUUAAAAACAUAUAAUCGCAGAGAAGAAAAAACCCUUCCGCCAUUUCAAAUUCUCUGCUCCAAGAGCGUUUGUAGGAAGGGUAGAAUAGGGAGUGUCAAUUGUUUUUCUUUUUUCUCUGUGGAACGGGCCAACUUACCAUACACAUACGGAUUUAAACGGGUCCAAGAGUGUUAAUUUUUUUCUUUAAGUCCUUUUAUUUCUCCGUGGUGGUAAAAUAUAUAUGAAAAGGCAAAAACAAUACUCAUUUUUAUUGCUAAAAAGAAAAAAAUUUAACAAUAAACUAAUGCAUGGAUUCUAAUGGGCUAACCGCUAAUCAUAAAAUAAAAGAGUUGAAUGGGCCUGACCUACACAGGAUUUGCCCAUCAAGUAAAACAAAUGAACAUCAUGGGUUUGCCAAUUCUAAAACAAGCUAUAUUCUCUUGCAUAAUAUAUAUUAUGCUAUUACUUUAUAUCUUAGUGGCUAAAAUAUAAUGUAUUUUAAAGUUAUUCAAAGGUUCAACCUCGACCAACCCAAUUAGUCCAAUUUUUAUCAUUUCAAAUAUAUAUGCUGUAAUUAUUUGAUAUCAUAAUGAUUAAAUUAUAGUGUAUAUUAUAGGGAUCGUUUGGUAUUUGUUAGUAAAAAAAAAAACUAAACAGAAAGAUCUAUUUGGUAAUUUUUAGGGUUAAUACAAUAUAUUAGCCAUAACUAUUAAGUAGCGGAUAAUUAUAGCCACAACUAUCGAAAUACAAAUUAUUAGCCAUAAUGGGUCAAGAUUUGGCUAACAGCCCGUUACUGUUUUCAAAUUUUUAAUGUAGAAGGCCAAGUUAGCAUCGUAAAAAAUAUGAUAUGAUGACUGCCACGUGGGAGCCAGCUCAGUAUCGUAAAAGUUUAGUCAUCAUUACUAACAGAAGUGUUAACGAAAACUUAAAGAUUGGCUAAUAAUUUGUAUUUCGAUAGUUGUGGCUAUAAUUCCCCGCUGCUUCAUAGUUAUGGCUAAUAUAUUGUAUUUGCCCUAAUUUUUAACAUGAAAACGAUACUAAACAUUUUCAGUUUCC